GUGACCACAAGUUUAGAAGACAAUACACUCUGGCCUUAUAAAUAGAAAAGAUAGUUGUGCCCCCGCUUCCCCCCUCCCCCAGUGUUAAGCUGUAUGGCCUCAUCCCAUGGUCCCAGGGCCCAGCCCAGCCUCAUUAAUCAGAGAGAGGGAGCUGCCCCCUGGGAAACGGAAAUGCUCAACGUGCACUCAGUCUCUUGUAGAUCUCACUCUGACAUUUCCCUACCAUGUUUUAUAAUAUGGUAGGAGGUUUAGAGCUGUGAGCUUCCUUUCUUUUUUUCUGGUGAGGGAAGGAAGACCUGCAGUCAUUCUCGAGCCGGGGAGCCAGAAUCGAUGCGCAGAUCAGACUGUCAGGUUGGACUUGCUGUCGGAUGAGCCCUUGGGGAGUGGGGGGAGGGCUCGCUGGACAAGAAAGCCAAGGAAAGUCACAAGUCUGCUGCCUGGUUUCAAGCCUUAAAGGUUCCAUGGAAAUAACCCCAUAGCCGUGCCCUGGGCCAGAUUAAUUUGCCCUGAAGUGUGAUGGACAGAGCUUUCUCCCACUUCCUCAAACCAGUAUCCAAUAUGGUAUUUUUCUCCAGCAAGGUCACAACCAACCAAGUUCUUUUAAGAAACUUGGGGGUCUUCCAGAGAGUCCUAAGAAAGCAUCGCACCAUCGUGUCACAUGAUAAUACUUGCCAAGAGAUAUCUGUCACCAUGUGGAGCUUGGAAGAAUCCUUAUGUGAUACAUUCAUGAUCCUACAAAGAGGGAAGCAACAGUUAUAAUGUCCCAGAAGGCCUUGCCACCAUAGCAGCAAGAAGGGAAACUCAUAGAUGUCUGUCAGUGGCUCAUACAGACUACACUUUCAUAUCCAUGAAUACUGAAUGCUAAUCCAAGGCAAAUGUCCACAUAAUUCUAUGAAAAGCACCCAAAUCAUGUACAGGGGCUCAAGCAGAGGUAAUGAAAGGAGAACAUUAUUCUAUGCUUUUAGAUUUCCCAGCCCAUCCAUUAUCUGUCACUGAAAAAGCUCUGCAGUUGGCAGUGGACUUACUUAUUGACCAGAGAGAGUCUCUGGAGAGAAACAUGAGUAGUAACAAUUCAUGUAUCCUAGCAGAUAUAGCCAACACAGAUUUUCGGUACUUUAUUUAUGCGGUCACGUAUACAGUCAUCCUGGUGCCUGGUCUCAUAGGAAACAUACUAGCUCUGUGGGUUUUCUAUGGCUACAUGAAAGAAACCAAGCGGGCUGUGAUCUUCAUGAUCAACUUGGCCAUUGCAGACUUAUUACAAGUACUCUCCUUGCCUUUGAGGAUCUUUUACUACCUGAAUCACAACUGGCCUUUUGGGGAAGGCCUCUGUAUGUUUUGCUUUUACCUGAAGUAUGUGAACAUGUACGCCAGCAUUUACUUCUUGGUGUGCAUUAGCGUGCGGCGGUUCUGGUUCCUCAUGUACCCCUUCCGCUUCACAGACUGCAAAAGGAAAUGCGACUUGUACAUCAGUGUAGCUGGCUGGCUCAGUAUCUGCCUUGCCUGCCUCCUUUUCCCCUUUCUCCGGAUCAACCACGAGAAGGCUAGCAACCGCACCAAGUGCUUUGUGGAUCUCCCCACCAGGAAUGUGAAUUUGGCACAGUCCAUUGUCAUGGUAACAGUGGGGGAGCUGGUGGGCUUCAUCACCCCUCUCAUCAUUGUUCUCUACUGUUCCUGGAAGACUGUGUUAUCACUAAAGGAGAAGUACCCAGUGUCCCAGGACCUCGGGGAGAAGAAGAAGGCUCUUAAAAUGAUCUUAACCUGUGCAGCAGUCUUCUUGAUUUGCUUUGCACCUUAUCAUUUCAGCUUUCCUUUAGAUUUCCUGGUCAAAGCCAACAAAAUCCAAAGCUGCAGGGCCCGCAAGGUGAUUCUGAUAUUCCACUCGGUGGCCUUGUGCCUGGCGAGCCUGAAUUCCUGCCUAGACCCAGUCAUCUACUACUUCACCACCAAUGAGUUUCGGAGGCGGCUGUCCAGACAAGAUUUGCAAGACAGCAUUCAACUCCAUAACAAAAAUUACACGGGCAGCCAUGUCUCACCGGCAGGGUCGGGACUCUGUUGAAAUCUGAAUGCUUGCACUGACUGAAAGCUCAGAGAUUAAGACAACUUAACAUCCCAACCAGGGAAACAGAUGACAUCAACCGCACAUGUGUGUCUUCCCUGGUUAUGUCCUAGCCCAUCCAUGGGGAUCUUUGUAGAUCAGAGUCUUGGUUCCCAGUCAGGGCAUCACCAGAAUCGGCUUGGCAACCGCUCAUCCCAUUGCCCAUCAAAUCUCUGCAACCGUUGCACUGACGAUAACCAUCGUUCAUUGGCAUUGAAGAGGCAGCAGAGGGUGGCUGUGCCACGAACAGAAUGAUUUUUUUAAAUGUCGGAAUUGUUUUUUUUUUUUAAUUUAAUUCUGCCACAUCAGCCCAUGAGGCCGUUUGUGUCUAAGUGUAGUACAGUCAUCCGGUUAUUCUACCAAACGCAGGAUUACAGUAUAAUCUUGGAUUUGUGGGGAAAACUGACUGAGUACUGGCCUUGGAGACAGAAGAGCCAAAUUCAAAUCAUGACUCCGAUACUUUGUGACACCGGGCAAGUAAUUUGCCUUCUCAAAACCCUGGGCUAUUUUCUGAGAAUAACCUACUAAGUUAUAGACAGAUUUGAAGCUUUUUUGAUCAAAAUCACAGAUGCUCAACAAUACACAUAUUUGUGCUAUAGCCUAGAAAUGAAUUCUAACCUUUUGUUUGAUCAUUAACUCAUUUGUCAAUUCAUCCAAAUUUGGGAGCUUGGAGAUCUUUGUUUUGCCCCUAUAACCAUUUGCUCCUGACCAGUGACCUCCUAAGUCAGAAGCUUCACAUUGCUACUUUAGGAAUAUGAAUCCUGGCCAUUGUUUGGACUUCCUAACACAGGAGGAAUCACUGAUUGCAUUGGAACAGCCAGCCUCAGCCAUGCCCCUUGGGGAACUGUGUUCCUCAUCUGUAUCCCUAGCUAUUGAAAAAGACAAAACGAUCCCCAUCCCCACCUCCUACCUCACGGGAAGAGUACAGACGAUCUCUCUGGGAAGCCUGGAACCUCUUACGAGAUCUUAAUGAAGAAAAUCACAACGAUGAGAUCAUGACUCCCAUUUCUAUAGCUUGAGAGUUUACAAAACAUUGUACUUACACUGUGAGAUAGGGGGGUAUAUGAGAAGCAAACACAAUCUGAGAACACAAGAGGCAGUGUGGGGAAAGGGCAGAGCUAUACCCAUGUUUGAUUCCCACUGUUAACACUUCCCCAGGUGUGACCCUGCAUGUACCUUGGAGUUCUUCUCUGAGGCAGAUCCCUCUCUGAGCUUCAGUUUCCUCAUCUAUUAAAUGGGGAUAAUACACUUAUAGGACCAAUCUCAUAGAGUUGCUCUGAGGCUCAAAUGAGAUGCAUAGGCGGUGCAUCCUUUUCAACCUUCAAGUCUAUUUGUGUGGGAGCUAUUACUACCUGAUAUGCUACUUUUCAUGCCUUUUUUUUUUUUAAAAAAAAGAAAUGUACAUUUAUGACAUGGGGAAAAUUACUUCUUAGACUAGGGAAGAACUGGGUUCCAAACCUGUCUUUGAUCCAUCCUGGUUGUGAGGCUUUGAGCAAGUCAUUUAACCUGUCACGGGCCUGUAUCUGAGUUCGCCAUUUGCGUAAGUGGAGGACAAUUACACAUGAAGAUGUCUCUGUACUAAUGAAAUAACAAGUCUGGACACACACAUCCAUACACACACACACACACACACACACACACACGCACGCGCACGCACACACACACACAUAGAUCCACACACACAUAUGGUAUGUAUGCUCGUCAUCUAGAAGACUAUGUAAAGUACCCAAGAGCUAGCUUUUAUUGGCAGCACAGGGGCUUAUUUGAGAUGUAAGAAUCUAAAGUUAAGAAGUACCUUUGAAAAAUAAAGUGAAAUAGAAAGGAAUUCAAGCAUGAGACAUGAGACCUUUUUUUUAAGAACAAAGUUUUAUGGAUAACUUUUGUGUUUAUAUCACAUUCUUUACCACCCCUACCAAUCAAACCUCCCCAUGUACCUAAGAUAUAUUUGUAAAACAGUUUAGCAAAACCAACAGAUAGACUGAUGAUAUCUGACACCUUCAACAGGAUGCUACAUAUAUAGUCCUUCACUUCUAAAUGAAAGGAGGGAGGGGCAUCUGCUUAUCCCUUUUCUGGGGCCAAAUUUUAUCGUUUUAUUUAUAUAGCAUUCAUUUUUAUUGUAUUUUCUCCAUUUCCAUCAUUGUACUCAUUGCGUAUGCUGUUUGCUUGGGGUUUCUUACUUUGCUCUGCAUCAAUUCAUAUUAGUCUUUUGAUGCUGCUUUGAAUUCCUCAUCUUUGUUGUUUUUUAUAGUACUGUGACAUUCCAUAACAUUUGUGUACCAUAAUUUGUGGUGUAGAAAGCAUUAUAUUUGGUACUGGGGAAGAGCCAAGUUUAGCUAAUAUAUAGACACUGCCUUUAUUUGACUCCAAAGUAGUCUUUUGGGGAGAAAAGCCAUAAAUAUAGAUAAUGCUAAUACAUAAAAUUACAUAGUAAGUAAAUGGGAAAGGUGCAAAGUACUGUGUGAGGUCCUGAGGGAGAAAUUAGUUACUAAAUGAAAGGGCUGGGGGGUAGCACCAGAAUGGGAAAUGGAGGAGCUGGCCAUUGAAUUGCACUUUAAGUACAGCAAUCCACGUGAGAAGGAAGGUAUUGCUAUAGCUGUCCCCUUCUCUUUGAAUCUUCUUCCUCAUGGGAUUUUGAAACCACAGAAUGUUUAGAGCUAGUAGGUUACUUUGAAGUCAUUCAGUCCAAUCUUAUUUUACAGAUGGGGAAACUGAAGGUCCAGACAGAGAUGGCAAAUGAUCACGUCAGCAGGUGACAGAGCCAGUAGCUACCCAGGACUCCUGAUUCCCAUUUAUUCUUCCCACAACUUAUAAUAUUCCUCUACAUAAUAGUCUUUUAAUGCUUCUUCCUUAUCAUGGCUCUUGAGGCCUUCUACAACCUGGCCCAAUUUAUUCUUAAAGAAAUGGACUGGCCUGGAGUUGGGAGAGCCUUUGACUUCUGCCUCAGAUACUUACUAGCUUUGUGACUGGGCAAGUUCCUGUUUCUGAAUAACAACUACAACAGUAACUAACGCCUUCCUCCCAAAAUUGUUGUGAGGAUAAAGGAGGUAAUGGUUAUAAAGUGCUUUGCAAACCAUAAAGCACUAUUGAGAUACU